AUGCCGCGCUCCGUGACCUCGCACCCUUCCCGCUCCUCUGGGCCACGGAGUCAGGACCACAGGCGCCCUUCCUGGCGGGACUCGGUGGGCCACUGCGGCAUGCCACUUGUUGCCUCAGGCCCCCCAAGAAGGGGGGGCAGGCCCGAGACACCCCUGGUGCCCACAGGUGGCAGGGAGCCCCUUCCCGAGCCAGCCUGCCCAGGCCCCGGCCUGCAUGCCUGCCCCCCUCCCAGUGGCUCCCCACGCCCUCCUGGCUCCCACGGUUGUGUCCAGGUGGGUCAGGCCUCCAGAUGGGCAGCAGAGUUGGUGGCCGCCUGCUGCCACCACGGCCUCUGCGGGCGCUUGGGGGUCUCUCUGAGGGACGGGCGGCUUCGGGGGGGCCCCUGA